AAGUGCGUCUACACUCUUGGCUCUCCUCCUCACCUCCUCUUCAUACCUCCAUUCCUCCUCUUCUAGUUUCUGACCUCACCUCUGCAGUGAGUUUGUUUUUGCAAAGCUCAGCAGUUACUUCUAGGGCAGCCCAAUGGAUCCAAUGGUGAUGAAGAGACCUCAGUUGUAUGGGAUGGGCAGUAACCCUCAUUCUCAGCCUCAGCAGAGCAGUCCAUAUCCAGGAGGCUCCUAUGGCCCACCAGGCCCACAGCGGUAUCCAAUCGGCAUCCAGGGUCGGACUCCAGGGGCCAUGGGAGGGAUGCAGUACCCACAGCAGCAGAUGCCACCUCAGUAUGGACAGCAAGGUGUGAGUGGUUACUGCCAGCAGGGCCAACAGCCAUAUUACAGCCAGCAGCCGCAGCCCCCGCACCUACCGCCACAGGCACAGUAUCUGCCGUCCCAGUCUCAGCAGAGGUACCAGCCGCAGCAGGACAUGUCUCAGGAAGGCUAUGGAACUAGAUCUCAACCUCCUCUGGCCCCCGGAAAACCUAACCAUGAAGACUUGAACUUGAUACAACAAGAAAGACCAUCAAGUUUACCAGUAAGACAUUAAUGUGCUGAUUUGGAAGUGUAAUAAGUUGUAAUGUAGUGAUUGCUAGAAAGAGCUGUUGUUUUGUUUGUUUGUUCUGCUGAGUGUUGUGACAAGGGAGAGAAGUUUCUAGUUUUCAGGUGUAUUUUGUGAUUCAUUAAUUUUUUUAGAGCUUAAUUCUUGGGAGUUCUGUAGUCUUGGGUAAGUCUGUUUCAUCUGUACAUAGCUCUGUUGCAGAGUCCAGACAUCAGCUGGAAGGUUUUAUUUAGUUGCUUGGUUUUGUGUGCAG